AAAAUUAUACAUACCAACACAGCUAUUUAAUUUGAACUUCCACCUUUCACCUUCAACCCAUACCACUGACAGCCAAAAUGGCGGCACCCAUGAACGGCUUAGGAAAGGUGUUGUGCCGUGUAUCGCCUUCGAUAUUACAGACACUACGAUAUAACAAGUCAUGUCUUCAGAGGCUACCCGUGACAGCAUGCCUGGCUCAGUGCGGCUCUCCAGCUGUGCUGCAGAGCUCCUCAUUCUGCACAGCAGCACCGCACCAUGAUGGAGAUGCUGCUGAGGCUCUGGCCCGCUACAAGGACAGACCUUGGGACUACUUGGAGAGUGAAGAGUACAUGGAGCGCUAUGGGACCAACACGGUGUGGGCAGGCUACAGGAGGAACCAUAAGGGAGGAAUACCCCCGCAGAAGACACGCAAGACUUGCAUUAGGGGAGACAAGAUCUCUGGAAACCCCUGUCCAAUUUGUCGGGAUCCAAACGUCAUCAUCCAUUACCAGAACGUUAAAUUGCUGCAGCAGUUUAUAAGUCCCUACACUGGGAUAGUGUAUGAUCCUACUCGAACAGGUGUGUGUAUGAAACAGCAGAAGCAGCUCAAUGAGGCAAUCAGUACAGCACGAGACCAUGGCUUACUACCCUUCCAGAUUCCUUAUGUGGACUUCUCAGGGGAAGAAUACUCAAACUCCCAUGAUGCAGUAGGGUCCACACCACCUCCCUCAUCCCUGACCUCCGGUGACCCCUGGUAUAAAUGGUAUGGCAACAUGGUGCCUGACGAGAAAGAAGUGGCUAAAGUGAAGAAGACAUACAAGGCUUAUCUUAAAUAAUGUGGAUAUUUGCUUAGCAACAAAUGAUAUGGAGUGUGAUAUGUUAGUUAUAAAGCAAUACUGUAUCAUUACCACUUCAGUUUAACGUUAUAAAUGAUGUCCAUUGUACCAUGUGAAUUCCCCUGAAUCAUUUUGCAUACCUUAAUUGCAUUUUAAAACAAUGCUGUGUAAUAAAGUCACUGUAAGAA